ACCACCACCACACUAAGUACGUGGAAGCCUAUCACCACCACCAUGGACUCGAACUCAUCUUCAUCAUCUUCCGUCUCCGGCACGCUCAUCUUGAUCGCUGGCCUGCUGCGUGAGCCGGCCGGCACGCGGCCGCUCGUCUUCACCGUCGUCCUCUUCUUCUACUCCGUGGCGCUCGUCGGCAACCUGCUGCUGUGCGCCGCCAUCUACCGGGACGUGCGCCUCCACAGGCCCAUGUUCAUUCUGCUCGCCAACCUGGCCAUCAGCGACAUCGUCGGCUGCUCCGCCACGCUGCCGCGCAUCAUGCACGACCUGGUGGCGCCCAACUUGAUCUCGGUGGGCGAGUGCAUCACCCAGAUGCUCGCCAUCCAGUUCUACCGCGCGCUCGAGUGCUACGUGCUCACGGCGAUGGCGCUCGACCGCUACGCGGCCAUCUGCAGGCCGCUGCACUACCACGCGGUCGUGACGAACGGGCGUGCGGCCGCGGCCAACGCGGCCGUAGUGGUCGUGUCGGCGCUGCUCGUCUCCGUGCUGCUCAUCCUCACCUCGAGGCUCAACUUCUACAACUGCGACAGGCCCAAGGCCGUGUACGCGGCGCAGUGCGAUAACGUGCAGCUUCUGAACUUUGCGUGCAGCGACGGCACGGCCAACAACGUGUACGGCCUCGUGCUCACCUCCUGCACGGUGGGCCUGUCGCUGGCCGCCGUCUCGUUCUCCUACGCGAGCAUCAUCUACGAGUGCCGCUUCCGCGGAACGAGCAGAGACACGGCGGCCAGCAAGGGCCAUCAGAAGGCCAUGCAGACGUGCGUCACCCACCUUCUCGUGCUCGCAGUCUUCUACCUUCCCGUCCUCUUCCUGGUCACCUACAAUCGCGUGGACAAGUACCUGCCCAUCCCGGACGCCGCUCGACAACUCCUCGGAGGGCUCUUCUACCUCGCCCCGCCGGCGCUCAACCCCAUCAUCUACGGGGUGCGGACCAAAGAGAUCCGCAAGGCAAUGCUCAGGAUCCUGUGCUGCAAAUUUGGACGCGACUCCGUGACGCCAGGCGACGAAGGGCACUAGCGAUGCUGUGACCCGGCACGGUACGGGUGGGUUG